AUCAAAUCCAUUAUUUUACAUGGUUCAAGUAAAGAGAUAAGACAGAAGAAAGGUCUAUGAAUAUUUGUUAUUGGAAGGUGUUAUUGUUAUCAAGAAGGACAUGGCUCUUCCACUCCAUGCAGAAACAGGAGUGAAGAACUUGGAAGUUUGGAUGCUUUUGAGAAGCUUGAGAGACAAAAAGCUUGUUGAUUUGGUAUUCUCAUGGCAAUACUACUAUUAUUACCUUAAGGCUGAAGGUGUUAAAUACGUUAGAGACAAAUUGGGCAUUGUCGAAGAUGUAAUCCCAGCCACUUUCAAGAAAGCCGAUAAAAAGUUUGAAGACGAUGUUCCUGAAUAAAGAAGAGGUCCCAGAGGAAACAAGCCCUUCGGAAGAGGUGGCAAUAGAGGCCCAAGAAGAGCAGAAGGAACCGAAACAGCAUAACAAUAAGAAUGAAAUUGAUAUAUAAAAAUGGUACAAUAUAUAUAUAUGUCUAUCUAUGUUUUAAU